AUGUCUUCUCCAUCAGACUUUGACGACGACGCAGCUCGCAGAGACUACAGAGCUCCCUACUCCCACGACCGACCUAUCCCCACCAUCCAGCGAUACCGCGAGCACCGGCAUGAGCUCGAGCAGCAGCAGAGCACCGUGAAAGAAGCCCAGCACACAGAGGAAGACGAUUCAAGGGCCAAACGGGCUUUCAACUCCGUCAAGGCGAUUUUGAAUGAUGAGGACAAGAAGGGCCCUGCUGGGGAUCCAUAUCCGACCGGCAAUCGGUGUAUGCAGGGAGUAGAAGGGUCCCACAGCAGCCAGGGGGCAGAUAUUCCUCUUGUGCCCACAAGAGGCCAGCCGAGCGAGAAAGAUGGUGAGAUGAAUACCUCUAGGCACAGCCAUGGGAGCGAUAAAAGUCUUUCAGCGACCGAGAGAGCCCAUGGGCGUACGGACCCGAAGCAGAAGAGGAAGGAUAUGAAGCACAGAAAACGAGAUGAUGGCGGAAGAGAAGUGACGGAUCCGAUCACCCAUUUGCCUCUGAUCAUUCGAGAUUCAACAGAUAAAGAUCUGAGACGUACUCCUGAGAAUUACCCUGCCCCAGGGACACAGAAGAAGACGGCUACCGGGCUGAGUGGCGCCUCAAAAUCGUCGAGUCAACUGAGUCUGGAAACGGACGAGUUGCAAGAAAGCUUCGAUGGGAUGCAGAGGGUGUUCCCACCGCCAUCAUUUACUGAUACAAAUGCGGAGCUGGUAAGAACGUACCAGUUUGCCUUCACGAUAGGCCUCGGUAUAAUCGUACUUCUGGCAUCGUCUGUUGUGUUAACCGUCCUUUUUCUGACAUCUGAGUCUCCGCACAACUCUCCGGAUAGCUCUUCAACAUUCCGCUGGACUGAGCGCCAAGAAUCGAAGCCACGGCGAGUCUUUCUUCCACUCGCAGUCUCGAUUACGGCUGCACUGGGAGCUGCCGUUGCCACUAUUUUUGGCAUGCGAAGCUGGCUAGGAAGCAAAGUGAAAGAGAUAUGGGAAGACGAAGUCUGGGAUGCUGCAAGAUCAGACGAGCUCAGACUUACCAAUACCAAGGGGGAACUCCCGGAAUCAGUAGCGUGGUUGAAUAGUCUGUUAGCUGGAGUUUGGCCUCUCAUCAAUCCUGAUCUUCUUACCUCGGUUGUGGAUAUGCUGGAGGACGUAAUGCAGGCGUCGCUGCCCAAAGUCAUUCGUAUGGUCAGUAUUGAUGAUAUCGGGCAAGGCAGCGAAGCAAUUCGUAUUCUUGGAAUACGUUGGCUUCCAACAGGUGCUGCUAGUCAGUCUGUUGAUGGGGACGGCAAUUUGAAGAGUGUUGGAGAGAAAACGAAUGAUCGAACGGCUUCUGGGGAGGUUAAAGAAGAUAACUCCGAGUAUGAGGCUGAACCUAACGAUAAAGAGUUAACAGACCAAGAAAAUACGCAUAAACAACAGGAGCAAAAAACCAUACGCGAAGGGAUGGAGGCUGAGCAAGGGGACUUUGUCAACAUGGAACUUGCAUUUGCAUACAGGGCACGUUCAUCUGGCAAGUCCUUGAGGUCAAAGGUUCAGAAUGCUCAUCUGUAUCUGAAGUUCUAUUUGUCUGGGGGCAUUUUUGUCCCUGUCUGGGUGGAGCUGAGAGGAAUCAUAGGAGCCGUUCGACUCCGCCUCCAGUUGACACCAGAUCCACCAUUUUUCAGUCUUUGUACAAUGACAUUCCUCGGGCAGCCCCGAGCCGACUUGUCUUGCGUCCCACUUUCCAAGCACUUGCCGAAUCUGAUGAACGUUCCCCUAAUUUCUUCUUUCGUCCAAUCGUCGAUCGAUGCAGCUCUGGCAGAGUAUGUUGCUCCGAGAUCUUUGACCCUGGACCUCAAGGACAUACUUGUUGGUGACGACUUCAAGAAAGAUACCACUACACGCGGUGUCAUCGCUAUCUUCAUCAAGGAAGCCAAGGGCUUUAAAGAAGGUGAUGGCGGUAUUGGGCCCUUGAAAGGAUCCAGUGACUCGUACGUAACUUGCUCUUGGGGUAAAUUUGGGAAAACUAUGGCUUCGACAAGAAUAAUCGAGAAAGACCAAAUGCCGAGGUGGCAUGAGUGGGCAUACAUCCUGGUAUCGUCGCAAGAGAUAGAUGCCGAGGAAAAGCUUCGCCUUCAGCUCUGGGACAGUGAUCGCUUUACUGCUGAUGAUGACCUUGGAAGGGUGGAAGUGGAUUUGAAGGAGCUGAUGCACUCUCCUAAGACGAAGAACCAAAUGUGUGCGCGCGAGGAUCGUUUCAAAGGGCAGGAUGCCGAUGAGAAUAUGCCGGGCAUGCUCUCGUGGUCUGUUGGAUACUUCUCCAAGACUGGAAUCUCGGACGAACAACUUUCCAAUCAGACUGUCGACAAGAAUACGAAAACCAAGGAGGAACUCAAGAAGCAUGUGUCUGACAUGGCUGAGCGAAAGCUUCGUGAAGCCACCGCUCAUGAUGAGUCCAAGGAGAUCAGCCAACAAAAGGUGCAGGACUACAAAGAGCGGGAGGAUGCAAUGAUAUGUGCAGCUCGUCCAGAUUCAUAUCACCCUAGUGGAAUUCUGUCGAUUCAAAUACACAACAUCACUGGUCUCGAGGUCGAAUCCCUGCAGAAGCAGAACAAGGACGGCACCGAUGACAAGGAAAUUGAAGACGAGGAGUCUGAUGAUUUGCCAAGCAGCUAUUGUACGAUUAUCUUGAACCACCGGAAGAUCUACAUGACCCGGACGAAGCCGAAGAAUGCCAAGCCUUUCUUUAAUGCUGGAACUGAGCGGUUUAUCCGUGAUUGGAGGACCGCAGAGGUUAUGAUCAGUGUUCUGGAUAGCAGGGAACGGGAGAACGAUGCUCUUCUGGGAAUAGUUUAUCUCCCACUUGACAAGCUGUUGGAUAAGCGGAGCCAAGUAAUGGAUACGUAUCCUCUUGUCGGCGGCGUGGGCUUUGGUCGAGCCAGGAUAUCAGCUGUGUUCAGAAGUGUCGAGAUGCAACUGCCCAAAGAACUUCUUGGCUGGGACGUGGGGACAUUGGAGAUCAAGUCUCCCAUCAAGCCCGUGAACUUACCACACGACAUCAGCUCCCAUCGAAUUAAGCUUCGUUCGAGCAUCGCCAAAGUAAAGAUGAUAUCCACAGACGGUCAAUGGCGCUACAAAGGAGAUAAAACUUCGGACUUUAUUGCAUUCACCAAAAGAUACUCCUCAGCCCUCGUCAUGGAAUUCCGCAAGUCCCGUGUGGGCACCGACUCUACCGCCGCCUUCGCCAUUUUCUGGCUAUAUCAAAUUCCAGACGAGGAAGAGAAGACUGUGAGACUGAAAGUAUGGAAGGGGGGCAAAGAGAAGUUCAAGAAAGCCACCACUUGCGCAGACUACAACGGCUUUGACGGCGAGCAAUCUCUCGGGGAAAUUGAAGUCACAUUGAAGUUCUGGCGUGGGUUGUCGGGGUAUCACAAGCGCCAUGCACAGAACGGGAACAAUGGGGAUAUGCGCAACGUUAUGGAAGUCCUCGAUACCGUCAACGACGAGAUCCAAGACAGCAACAGUGAAUUCAGCUCCGACAACGACAGUGACUCUUCCGCUACUAAUACAGACGAUGAGGCCAGAAGCACCACCAAGAAGCUCAAACCGCACACCAACCAAGACAGCUCGGGGGAGGAGUCCCAUGGCGGAAGCGGCAUUGUGAGUAGAGUCAAGGCGAGAGCUUUUAGCUUACUAGGCGAGAACGACGAGGACGAUGGAGAAAGGGGUGCGAGGGGUCAGGUGAAGGAUUAUAAGGCGCAUCAUCGAGAGUUGCAUAGGAGGCACCGGGGGAUUAUGCAAUGGAAGGUCGCACGCACGGGGGGUUGGGCACUGGAUACGGCCAGACAUGGAAAGAGUAAGGUUAUGGGGGUGUUUGAGCAUCAUCAAGACAAACAGGGCGGCAUCGAGACCGAGGUAUGA